AAAAGUUAAUUCAACUGAUGAAAUUACUUCAAUAAUUUCUUCCGAUCAAAUAUUAUCACCACAAGAAUUAGGAAAUAUUUAUGAGUUAAAAUGUAUAGAAAAAUUUAAACAAUUGGGAUAUGAAGCAUAUGGAAUACGAACGGGAUAUAAUAAUGAGAGUUUUAUGUUUAUUACAACAGGAGAUGGUGGAAUAGAUUUUUAUGGUCUUCAUGGAGAUUUUAACUUUAUUGGUCAAU